CAGUUGUCAUAAAAGAUCCUGUGUCCUGCUUUUUUCCGCAAGUAUGAGCUUUUAAUCCCGUUUUGUAUCCCGUUUUUUGAAAAUGGCGAUGAGAGGACUGCCGACGAGAGGACUGCUCCAGGUGCAUAUGUGUUAUAGAUCCAGAAUGCGGUGGUGUCCCACCUCUGUGCUCCACCUACUGCGCUCUGCACGGUUACGGUUUUGUACCAGGAGAGGAAGGAAUAGGUUGCCUUUGUGGAUUAGGGAAAUAUGGGCUUACAUGAGACUGCUGGUGCAGUCACUUUACUUCAACUCCCUCACCGACUCUGAUGUGGUCUUCGACUCAGUCUUUGAACCUGUGUUUUGGACUGUGGAUUAUGUCACCCGCUGGUUUGGCACGGUGUUUGUUUUUCUGGUGGUGAUACUGACCAGCUCCAUUGUGGUGAUAGCCUAUAUGGUCCUACUGCCUCUGGUCCUGUACACUUAUUCCCCGCAAUGGAUCGCUUGGCACAUUUGUUAUGGAAAUUGGAUUACCAUCAUGAUUGCUUUCCAUUACUACAAAGCUACAAAGACCUCACCUGGGAGUCCCCCGACAGAAAAAAAUGACGCUCCAUUUGUGUCAGUCUGCAAAAAAUGCAUUAUGCCCAAACCAUCAAGGACACACCACUGUGGCAUCUGUAACAGGUGCAUCCUGAAAAUGGACCAUCACUGUCCAUGGCUGAAUAACUGUGUGGGCCAUUUUAACCAUCGUUACUUUUUCUCAUACUGUCUCUUCGUGACCUUGGGCUGCUUUUACUGUACCAUCAGUGGUAGAAACCUGUUUCUGGAUGCCUACAAUGCUCAUGAGCACUUUAAGCAUUUGGAUACGGAAAAGCCAGGAGUACCAGUAACGGGGGACUUGGGACUUCUUGUUGGGCUACUCCCCUCUGGUCAGACCAACCCUCAGACACCUGCACCAGUUUACAGCUUAAAGGAUAAGAUGGUUAAUAAGAGCAUCAUCUUCAUGUGGGUGCUUACCAGCACAGUGGGAUUAGCCCUGGGAGCGCUGACAAUAUGGCACACAGUUCUCAUAUCCAGAGGGGAAACCAGCAUUGAGAGACAUCUCAACAGCAAGGAAAGAAAGCGAAUGGCAAAGGAGGGAAAGAUAUACAGAAACCCUUUCGACUACGGCAGGCUGAAUAACUUGAAAAUCUUCCUUGGUGUAGAGAAGAGAAGUCAUUGGCUGACACGUGUUCUCCUGCCAUCUGGACACGCCCCAUGCGGUGAUGGGUUGACGUGGGACAAAUUCCCAGUUAAAAAGGAUUUGAUACCUGUAUGACGGACUCUACCUAGGAAUACUUGUAGCAUACUUCACCUUCUCUUUAUCCCCCU